AUGGAUUUGAAGGAGCUUCCGGCGAACGUAAGAGACGAUAAGAUAAGCGAAGAGACCAAGAGUUUGAUCUCUUCCCUUCCUUCUUCGCUUCCUUCACAUGCAGAUUCCCAAGGGAUGAAGCUUUGUAAGUAUCAAGGAUGUUGGUACUACCCCAAUACUCUCCAAGGCGUUAUAAAUUUCCAAAGAGGUUUUCAACCGCAAGACACCGAUAUAAUCCUUGCUUCUUUCCCCAAAUCAGGCACUACUUGGCUCAAGGCCCUCACAGUCGCCCUCUUCGAGAGAUCAAAUAACCAUUCUUCUUCUGAUGACCAACAUCAUCCUCUACUAUCUGAUAAUCCCCAUGGCAUUGUACCAUUCUUGGAGACUGAUAUGUUUCACGAAAGCUCAAGUCCUGACCUGGCCAAGUUCUCAUCAUUUCCAAGGUUGUUCUCGACUCACAUGCCAUUCCACACACUGCAUGAGACCCUCAAGGGAUCUCCUUGCAAGAUUGUGUAUAUGUGUAGGGACGUGAAGGACACGUUGAUAUCGUGGUGGUUUUUCAGGUCCGCGAUACAAAAAAUAGAACCAGAUAGAAGCAUGCUCGAGUCUCUCUUCAAAUCGUUCUGCAACGGAACUAUGUACUAUGGACCUUUUUGGGAACAUGUCUUGAGUUAUUGGAGAGGAAGCUUGGAAGACCCCAAACAUGUCCUUUUCAUGAGGUAUGAGAAGAUGAAAGCCAAGCCUUAUGAUCAGAUCAAGAGACUUGCGGAUUUCUUGGGAUGUCCUUUUACUAAGGAAGAAGAAGAGAACGGAUCGGUAGACGGGAUCUUGGAGUUUUGCUCUCUACGUAAUCUAAGUAGUUUGGAAGUUAACCAAACCAGGAAAAAAAAGACCAUGGAUCACAAGAAUUAUUUCCGUAAAGGAGAAGUUGGUGACUGGAAGAAUUAUCUUACUCCUGAAAUGGAGAACAAGAUAGAUAUGAUCAUCCAAGAGAGACUCCAAGGUUCUGGUUUGAAAUUCUAG